GUCCGUUGGCCAACUACGAGCCAAUGGAAAGCGGCCAACGUCAAUCACGUAAAACUGCUGACAAAAAUAUGCUAAAUUUACGUGAUUGACACGUUGAUACGUCGUGACCGCGCAUUUCUUUUCAGUAUAUCGACGCGUAGCUUAUUGCAUCAACGAGAUUUCUUCCUCUGCAUUUUUUAUUUAUUUUCGUUAAGCAAUCAUCUGUUUCGGAGGAAACGGAAACGGGGGCUGGCAACUGCUCCUCCCUUUUGCGCUCAAGAUGGAAGCUGUCGAAGACGUACUGAGUGAUGCAUUCCCGGACAUUGAUGAGGACUUGUUCGACUACCUCGAAGGUGUCUUGGACGGGGGAAAGGACGACUUCUCCACAUGUGACGAAGUCUACGAAGCGGUCGGUGAAAUGUUCCUCGAGAUAUCUGGCGACUCCAAAGACGAAAAUGAAAUUCGAGACAUCUGCGCUAGGCUACUUCACGUCAUGAAAGGCGAGGUGGGGAACAGCCACAGCGACGGCAACAGUGACGCCAACAGCACCACUCCGGCAAAAGUGCUCAGUGCCCCGGUGCAGCUGAAGGCAAUGGCGGCCGAGUUUGACGACAAGACGGACGAGGUGUCCAGCAUCUGGCUGAAGCAGAGGGACAACUCCCUGCAGGUGGACCAGAAGAAACUGGAGAAGGCAGAGGCCAAGCUCAAGCAGAAACAAGAAAAGAGGGAGAUUGGGGGAGAAAAGGUGGCACCAGUCCAGACAGUGUUGAAGGCUGCCACAGCGAGCCAGGCAGUGAGCAAGCGGGAGACGCGCAUGGAGAACAAGGGAAGCAACCGGGCCCAGGACAUACGGGUGGAGAACUUCGACAUUGCCUUCGGCGACAAGACACUGCUACAGGGAGCCAACCUGACGCUGGCAUACGGACGGCGCUACGGCUUGGUGGGUAGGAAUGGCAUUGGCAAAACAACACUGCUACGCAUGCUGUCCAGUGGGCAGCUGCGCAUCCCCUCGCACGUAUCGGUGCUGCACGUGGAGCAGGAGGUGGUCGGGGACGACACAACGGCCCUGGACAGCGUGCUGUCGUGCGACGAGCGACGCCAGCGGCUACUCGACGAGGAGAAGGAGCUUACGGCCAAAGUUGCGGUGGCAGACGACCCCCAGCUGAGCGAGCGGCUGUCCCAAGUGUAUGCCGAGCUGCUGCACAUGGAGGCGGACAAGGCCCCCGCCAGGGCCUCGGUCAUCCUGGCCGGCUUGGGCUUUUCCCCAGCCAUGCAGCAGAAGAAAACACGCGAGUUCUCUGGUGGAUGGAGGAUGCGCAUUGCUCUUGCCAGAGCACUCUUCACAAAACCUGAUUUGUUACUUCUCGAUGAACCUACAAACAUGUUGGACAUGAAAGCAAUCAUCUGGUUAGAAAGCUACCUACAGGACUGGGCCUCGACGCUGCUGGUGGUUUCCCACGACCGCCUGUUCCUGGACACGGUGCCCACGGACAUCCUGCACUUCCACUCGCAGCAGAUCAACAGCUACCGGGGAAACUACGAGAACUUUGUUAAGGUCAUGACGGAGAGGCUCAAGAACCAGCAGAGGGAGUACGAGGCUCAGCAGCAGUUCAGGGCACACGCGCAGGUGUUUAUAGACAGGUUCCGGUUCAAUGCAAAACGUGCCUCACUUGUGCAGAGCAAGCUAAAAAUGCUAGAAAAGCUCCCAGAGCUGAAGCCGAUUGAGAAGGAGGCGGCCGUGACGAUCCGCUUCCCAGACCCGGAGCCUCUGUUCCCGCCCAUCCUGCAGCUGGACGAGGUGUCCUUCGGUUACACCCCCGGGCAGAACGUUCUGGAACGGGUCAACCUGUCCGCCAACCUCCAGUCCAGGAUCUGCAUCGUGGGUGACAACGGCUCGGGGAAGACGACCCUGCUGAAGAUCCUGAAUGGGGAGCUGAACCCGAGCGCUGGGGUGCGACACGUCCACCGCAACCUGGUCGUCGGCUACUUCACCCAGCACCACGUGGACCAGCUGGAGCUUGGCGUCUCCUCUCUUGAGUUCAUGGCCAAGACCUUUCCCGGGAGGCCGUCUGAGUACUACCGGCAGCAGCUAGGCUCCUUUGGGGUGACGGGUGACCUGGCACUGCAGUCCAUUGGCAGCCUCUCAGGGGGCCAGAAGAGCAGGGUGGCCUUUGCCCUCAUGUCCAUGCUAAGGCCCCAUUUUCUUAUUUUGGACGAGCCCACGAAUCACCUGGACAUCGAAACAAUAGAAGCACUGGGGCACGCACUAGGACGGUUUCAGGGUGGCGUGGUGUUGGUGUCCCACGACGAGCGUCUCAUCCACAUGGUGUGUGAGGAACUGUGGGUGUGCAGCAACGGCAGCGUCAAGAGCAUCGAGGGCGGGUUCUCGCAGUACAGAAAACUCGUGGAGGAGGAGCUGGCGGCGGCGCAGAGCGGCCAGUGACACCUGUUGGCCGACAACUAGGAACUCUACACGCGGGGAAACAACAAAGCUUCCAGCCGAGGCAGGGAGGCGCAGACGACGGCUUCAGCAGCUUCCGCUCUUGCGGCGCCCAUAUUUACAACCACUAUUUAUGUAACUGUGGAAAGUGAACCUGAUGGAAAUGCCAAGAAGGCGAGAAGAGAAACAAGAAAGUUAUUUGAUGCAUAAAA